AUGAUUCUCCCGGGUGUGUACAUGCUUAGAGGUUGCACCGCUUCUAGUCAAGGCCGACAAGUAGUUAGUAUCGAUGCAAGUAGACCUCAGCUGGAGUUUAUUCUUGACGAAAUAGAGGCUAUGGAAAGGCAUGUGAAGAAAUUGAGGGAAAGCAAUGAUGAGAUAAGGGGAUAUUUAAGGAGCUCCAAUUCGGUAACGGAGUGCAAAAAUGCCCUUUCAACGUCUGGCACUGAAAUUUUGGUAUGUGACACAGAGGACAUCAAUACUGUUUUGACGGAUGCUCUUCGGGAAAAUGAGGUGCUCAUUUCCAGUAAGGAACAGGAAUUGAAUGAAUUGAAAAAAAUGGUACAAAGCAACCGUUGCGCCUGUAGUUAUCAUUUAGUUCGGGAGUCGGGUGUGAAAAAUUCCGUUCCUGGUGAUGCCAGCAGCACUGUGUCACCUGAAGUGGGGGAAGCCGCUGAUGAAAUGUCAAAUGCUCACUUUUUACUUUGA